AUGGGAGGGCGAUCUCCGCGGUCCCCGGGCGUGGUGGAGCGGUGGGCGGUGGAGGUGGGAAAGGACACGCAUCGCCUGUUGGAGUUCGUGCUGCAGGAGCCGGAGGUGGCGUCGCAGCGCGUGUCGCUCGUGCUCGUCUACGUUAUGAGCGAGGUCCCCUGCGCCAUGGGCAUAUCGUACAACGUGAGUCAGCUCGAGUCGCGCGUGGCGGACAUUCACGAGGCGCACGUGAUGGACACCAUUCUCAAGCCGCUCGUCAUGGAGCUGCACUUUAAAAAAAAGCUUCCUCCCUUCAAUCGUCUUCGCUCUUUCACCCAUGCUGCGUCGUUAUUCCCCGCCGUCAUUCACGGCCAUGCUCUUGCCGCAUUCCAUCCGCCUGCGGGCUGCUUCUCCCCCUCCUCCGCGCAGCUCGUCGCCACAGCGCACGUGGCGCGCGACGACAAGCCGGACGUGGGGCUGUGUCAGGCCGCCAUUCGCGUCGGGGCGUCGCGUCUCGUGGUGAACUCGCGGCACUCCUUCCUCCGCCCUAACCACAGCUUUGCGCACGGCUGCGCGCGCCACCUUGCGCCGCACCACUGCUCCGUGCUCGCCGUCACCACCGCCAAGAAGCGCCCCUCCUCCGCCGCCUUCCCGCAGUCUCGCCGUCGCGCGCAGGUGCACGGGCAGGUUGCGCGGGCGUCGGGGGACGACUCGGAGGCGGGUGCGCGGCUAACUCCGCGCGACUCCUCGUCCGCCUGCGCGCCCUCCGUCAUUCCCGCGUCUCCGGACCAUCACCUUCACGAAGCUUCGCAGCAGCGGUGGGGAAGGCCGAUUAACGGGGCAGAGGGGGAAGCUGUGAGGGGGAAUGGUGGGGAAGGAAAGGGGCCGGGGGGAGCAGCGGAGCCGGCAGGGGAGAUGCGCGCAUCAGCACGAGGGGGUCGCGUGGGGAGCGGAGAAGUGGCGGUGUCUAGUUGGGCGGAGAGACAGGCAGGGGCUGCGGUGGUGGAGGGGGGUUACGCGCGGAGCGAGGGCGGGGAGAGUAGAAGGUCGGCGCUGCACGAGGCGCGGUGCAUGGUGCAGCAGCUGCACGCGGAGGUGGACAUGGCGCGCGCAGCAGCAGCGGAGGCGGUGGCGCUGGCAGCAGCGGCGCAGGGCGAGAGGGAGAUGCUGCAGUACGAGUUCCGCGAGUACUCGCUGCACCACCUGCACGCCGCCACGGACGGCUUCAGUGAGCAGCGCCUCAUCGGGCAGGGCUCCAGUGGGCGCGUGUACCGCGGGGAGAUCAACCACACGCCCGUGGCCAUUCGGCGACUUGAUGACUCCCUUGACUCUGCGCUGCAUGAGUUUGACAAGGAGGUGCGGCUGGGCAGCAGGUUGCGGCACCCCAACAUAGUGCUGCUGCUGGGGUGCUGUCGCUCGCCCCCGUGCCUGGUGUACGAGCUCAUGCCCAGUGGCUCGCUCUACCACCGCCUGCUCUGCACCAACAACUCGCCCCCGCUGCUCUGGCACCAGCGCUUUGACAUCGCUGCCAACAUCGCUGCUGCGCUCGCCCACCUGCACUGCCGGGAGCACCCGAUAGUGCAUUUCGACCUGAAGCCGACAACAGUGCUGCUGGGGCGCCAGCUGGAGGCGAAGAUAACAGACGUGGGAGUGGCGCGCAUGAUGAAGCGCACAGCGGGCGACGACAGCAUGUCGGGUCCCAUGGACGCCCUGGGCUUCGGCUACGCGUGCCCCGAGCUGCUGCGCUCCAACGCCUUCUGCAGCCGCACCGACGUGUACGCCUUCGGCAUGCUGCUCUAUGAUCUCCUUGGCGCCACUACAAGCGGCGGGCGCGUGAAAGGGCUGAUAGCCCAGCUGGAUGAGGCCGCUGCAGAGGGUGACCUGGCGUUGCUACACAGCCUCACGGACCCUGCAGCGCGCUGGCCCAGUAAGGUGGCUAUGGAGGUGGCGGUGCUGGCGCGGCAGUGCACCGCUGUGAAGCGCCGCGACCGCCCGGAUGUUGCGGGCGGCGUGCUGCCCGUGCUGCAGCAGCUGCGCCCGGCCGUGGAGUCGUUCCGCGCCGCGGAGGAGGCGGAGGCGGCGACUCUGGCGCUGCAGCAGCAGCUGGUGCUGCAGCGGCGGCAGGCGCAGAUGCAGGGCAUGGAGGGGGGUGGCGGCGGUGGUGGUGGUGCAGAGGAUGUGGUGUGGGAGGUGGCGCCUAAUGCCUUCAGAUGCCCCAUCACCCUGGAGGUGAUGCAGUGGCCAGUGGUGGCAGCAGACGGGCACACAUACGAGGAGAGCGCGGUGCGCGAGUGGCUGGGCGUGAGCUCGCUGUCCCCCAAGACGCUCAUGCCGCUGCCGCACCUGCAGCUCACCCCCAACCACGUGCUGCGCUCGCUCAUCUGCGACUGGAUGGAGCGCAAGAAGCUGUCAGGCGCCCCCCCGCGCACACCCGAUGGCUCCGGUGCGCAUGCAGGAGGUGCGGUUCCCGGUGGGUAG